GAAUUCUGCAUUACAGGCUGAUACGCUAAAAGAAAGAUAUCAAAAAAUUGGAGACACUAAAAGGUCAACUCCUAUUGAAGUUCUCUGUGAAAACCAACCAGGUAAACUUAAUCUAUUCUGAUAAUCUCAAAAUGUCAGGUUAGAGCUCGACAACUGUCUCUCUGUCGCUCAGUUGGUUAGGGAAAAAAAAUAUGUGGGUUUCCGGUUUCCCGACCCUACCUAGCUUUUGGACGUCGAAAUCCCGACCCUAAACUUUUUUAUUGGAUCAUGCUUGUAAGUGUUUCCACUUAGAGGAAACGUUUGUGGAAAAUUGAAAUUUGAGGCAAUAUUAGGGAAAUUUAUCUUUGGAUGUGGAAGCACUGGCUAAACAAAAUGCCGUCUGCUUAUUCGGAAAAUUAAAAAAAAAGUUUAAAAAAAAAAGUUAAAACCGACCUACCCUACCUAAGUUUUUAUAAGAAGAAACCGGAAACCCACAUAUUUUUUUUUGGCCUUAGAGCAUUGCACUGCGGAAUCACAGGGCCGCAGGUUUGAUUCCUGCCAGAGAGCCGAUAGUUGCAUUUUUCGCAACUGUUUCUGGUUAGGUCUAAUAAGUGUAUAUUAAAAGUCCACUCAAAGUAUCCAUCUACAAGUUCCUUCAACAAUACUAUGAAAGGCUGCCAUGGUUUGUGUUUGAACUGCCUGAGAAAAAGUGAGUAAAUUCAUGGCGAUGUGGUUAGCGCACAUGCCUUUCACAUCUAAGGUUGCAAGUUCAAAUCUCAGUGAGAACUUUCUCAAUGUGACUCGAACCCAGUCCUCAUGUGAAAAGAGUAAAAGUCAACGCUCUGCCGAAAGUCGUGGGUUUUCUUCGGGUACUCCGGUUUCCUCCCACAGGGAAAGUUGACAGGGUGGGUUCAUAGAUAUCUUAUAUACACUAGAUAGUGCAUCUAUUUAUUCUGAAAUUCAAAAAUUGAAGCCAUGAUUGCAGUCUCAGGUCGUUCCCAUGAAAUGAGUAGAUUCGUAUGUUUUCUAUUUCUUAAACAGGGAACUUAAACAUUAAGUUAACCCUAUUCCAAAUUCGUUUUUAAAAUAUUCAAAUGAUGGAAAUUAUUGUUGUUUUUAAGCGUUUAUUAGCGAGUGGGAACGACCAACAUGGCCGCCAUCUAUUCAAAUGGGGGUAACCGCUGGAAUAUUGUUGGCUUCAAUUUUACUAAAAGAGAUGCGCUAUCUAGUGUAUAUAAGAUAUCUAUGGAUGGGUUAGGUUAAAGGGCCCAAGGUAAUUGGCAUAUGCUGUUGUGUGGUCCCUGUCCUAGUUGGCAAAGCUAAAUAUAUAAAUGUUCCAAGCGUGUUGUCAGUGAAGUUUGUUUAAGGCCUUGCAUAUUUCUAAUCUUUUAAGUGUAGUUCAGACACAAAAUAUGGCAGCUAAAAUAAGUUUAUUUACCAUUGGCUAGUUAGCAGUGAAUAAUUCCACAAGCAAUACAAUAAUACUUUUCUUCAUAUGUUCACAGAGGAGCUUGCAACAUACCUUAGAUACGUCCGAAGGUUGGACUUCUUUGAGACGCCCGACUAUGACUACUUACGAGGACUGUUCAAGGAUUUAUUUGAAAGAAAAGGCUAUGUUGACGAUGGUGAAUUUGACUGGACGCAUAAACAAAUUGUAAGUACUUGACUAUUAUACAUAUCUCUGCAAUGUAAAGUUGCCUACUUUUGGCAAACUGCUGUCGUUGUGAGAUGGGCGUAGCCCACCAUGCAGAGCUUGAAAUUUGAAAUCUUCAGCACUGUCCAGUGGGAUACUAGGAACUUGAAAAUCUGGUAUCCACCAUGAAAAUUUGUAUCCCACAUUUGGCUGUAUUCAAACAUUGAGACAACUGGUAAAAAAUAGUUUUCAAUUGUAAUGAAUUUGAUGAUAUAUAAUGAAUCUAAGAUAUGUUUAUAAACGAUAUACUGUACAGCAGAAAAUGCACUAUCUGUGGAGGACAGUCCCAGAAACUUGUUUAGUAUCCCAAUGGAUGCUGAGCUUGUGAUGUCCAGUACCCAAACUUAAAAUCUGGUGUACCUUGGAUGUUGGGAUACUGGAAAUUUCAAGCCUGCCACCAUGCACGUUAAUCGCAGUUUCUUUACCCACAGGCUGACAAUGCACAGGCUAUCACUCUGCUAACUCAAGGUCAGCGGCACCGGGUAAUACUUGUAUGCUGUAAAACCCAUCAUACAUGCAUACACAUUUUUCAUGUAAAGUAAUUUACCAAAAACAAGAAAUUGUUGGUUUGAGGUUUCUUCGCUGUGUUUGCCAGUGUAGGUAGUGCCAAUAAAAUGAUCAAGCUUUCGUUGAUAGGGAUGCAACUACCUCAAAAUAUAUAAGGCAAAAAAAAAAAAUAUGUGGGUUUCCGGUUUCCUCUUGUAAAAACUUAGGUAGGGUAGGUCGGUUUUAACUUUUUUUUUUAAACUUUUUUUUUUAUUUUCCUAACAACCGGACGCCAUUUUGUUUAGCCAGUGCUUCCACAUCCAAACAUAAAUUUCCCUAAUAUUGCCUCAAAUUUUCAUUUUCCACAAACGUUUUGCUCUAAGUGGAAACACUUACAAGCGUGAUCCAAUAAAAAAGUUUAGGGUCGGGAUUUCGACGUCCAAAAGCUAGGUAGGGUCGGGAAACCGGAAACCCACAUAUUUUUUUAUUUGGCCUAAGGAGAAUUUCGACGUUUCGAGCGAAGGCUCUUCGUCUGGAUUUACUAGCGGAACCAGUUACUAGUAACUCGAGACAAAGGGCCUUCGCUCGAAACGUCCAAAUUUUCCUUAUAUAUUUUCAGGUAGUUGCAUCCCUGCCAACGAAAGUUUGAUCAUUGCAAUACACCGUUCUGGAAAAUACAUUACUUUGGCUAUAGAGCCUCGUUUUCAUUAUUGAUAGGGUUGAUGGGCUCAUGGGCGGAUCUAGAAUCCCCCUAGAAUCUCUCUAACCCCUCUAAUAAAGUGUUCAACCCCACCAAAAUUUCGCUUCACCCCUCCUAUUUUGUGUGAAAGGCCUUAACCCAAACGCCUAAACCCUGCCGAAGCUCACUGAGUGGUGCCCUUUUUCUACCCCUCCUUUUAAAUAAAUGCCUAAUGUCACACAUUUUACUGAUACAAAAAAUGAGUCUCUAUAGCCAAAAUGACGUACUUUCAGUAAGGGUCAACAAUUUGUGACAUUUUUAACAGGUCGGUCAGAAGCCUGAAACCAACAAUUAUUUCGUUCUACCAUUUGUUAUUCCAUUAAGCUGCACAUUGUUCUUUUUAAAGUGCCCAAUGCCACUUUGUCUAACUGCCGAUGAUUUUAUGUGCCAAUUAUUUUUCAGCCCUAUGCCAUCAAUCCACUUGACGCCUCAUCACAUCAACCUGAUCCUCGAUACAUCCAAAAUCCUGGCAGGGGUAAUGCUAAUCAGAACAACAGAGUAAGUAGAAAUGGCUACAGGAUGUUAGCUACAUCGUUUUCUCAAAUAAUAUUAACAAAAAAUAUCCGGCCGGAUGCCAGAUGAUAUAAGGUUUGAGCUUUCAUUUGAGAUAAAAUAAUGAUUUUAAUAGGUUAUAAAAUGAUGGUGUUUGUGAUAUGUUGACUUGAAGUAAUAGGAAAGAACUUCACACUUCACAGUCUAACAUCGAUGAACUUGCAUAGUUGCAAAAUGCUUGCUCACAAAUUUCCAGUUUUUAGCAUUCGCAAACAAGCAUCAGAAUACUGCCAGCUUCGCUUGGAUCUUUUCAAUGGCCUGAUAAUUGAUUAUAUGUCCAGUGCAUCCCUAGCAACUUAGCAAUUUAGAUAUGCCAAAAACGUAUUACGAAAAAAAGAAAAAAUAUAAGAUUCAUGAUCGCUGGAAUACCAGUGAGGUCUGCAAUUAAUCUGGAAUUAUUGCACCCUGAAAAUCUUUUACAUGUACAUUUUGUAUCACGUAAUGAAAUGCUCUUGUUGGGAAUAUGUAAUAGAGUUAAAAAAUACUUGAGUUCUUUAUGAUGUAAUAACUUAUGUGAUGUAACCCUUUAAGUGGCAAUGCACCAAGUACUUGCACCCUAAGGACUUUAUUGUUUUACUACGCCAAUCACCGUUCAAUGAUUAAACCUAUGUAUUACCCCUAGGGCUCGUCAGGGGAUCGCAAAGCUUGGCCUGACAUGAGCAAUGUUCGUAAUUCCAACAGCAACCUAAUGCCCAGUGGUGGUCACAGGUUAGCCGGCUCUGUGCAGGUGGUCAGUUCAACGAAUGGUGAUUUGGGACCAUCCAGUGAUUCAGCGCUUGAACCGAAACUAGGAGGUCAUUUGAAUACACAACCUGAUGUCGAAGUCGUCGAAGAAACAAAGUGAGUGUAUGGUUAACAGCUGAAGAGAGAAAUCCUUUCUGAAUAAAAGUUAUGAGACUGAUUUAGAAAAGACGACGCGAACUGAAAGACGCGCCUUCGAAACAAAGAAAUUCUUCAUGCAAAACAAAAAGUUUGAAUAUAUAUUUGUCAUUCUGAAUGAACGUUAAACUAAGAUUUUCACGUCAUUGGAGCAAAGUGGAUGCUUGUUGCGACGUUGGAAUCGUCGCAUAGCAAACACCGGAUCUUUUUUCCCGAACCUAGCCGUUUGUAAGGUUAUUUUGAAAAGCUUCAAUUUAUUACAGGAAUCAAGUUUCAUUGCUUUCAAUCUUGGGCUGAAAUUGAGACCACGUCGUACGGUAUUUUCUAAAUCUGUCUAAUGUAAGGGAUAGGGCGAGGGUUAGGAUUGAGAAUCCAGGAAUCGCAUAAUGUAGUUUCAUUCGCCUUUCUAACUGCACGUGUAAUACCCUUGCAACUCUCGCUCUUGUUGGACGACUAAAGUCUAAAAAGAGUUGAUGAAAGUAUUUUUUGUCUGACUGGUAUUAUCCAGCCAACUCUGAUCAACCUUCAUGCAGUUAACUCGUCUUGUUUGAUUGGGGUAUGAGAGUUGAGAAAACUCUCAUGCAAACUCUCGCUUCUCAACUCUCAUCAACUUUGAGCUAUAGUCAAAUUUUGGUGAGAGUUCAUGGGAGUUCUUGUUCGUUUGACAGGUACUGUAUAAUAUCCAGCCGACUCUCGUCAACUCUCAUGCAACGCUUGUUCUCGUUUGACUCGGGCAUGAGAGUUGAGAAAACUUUCAUACAAACUCUGGCUUGCCAACUCGAAUUUAACCGGGAUUUUAGAAACAUUUUCGUCCCUUCCUUAUACUGUAAACGGACCAUUGCUCUGGAAUGACGAGCUAUGUUCAUUUUAUCUUAGAUGCUGCUGUUUCAAGCGACGAAAAAGAAAGACGGUUAGAAAGAAAUAAAGUAGAAUAAAAAUCGACAACACGAGAACUCAAGAAGAAUGCUUUCCACUCAUUCCUGUUUGUAACAGUAAGACCAAGGGGGGUUGGGAAGCUGUGUGAUUCCCAUGACAGGUCAUGGGUUAUAGAUGUUCGUUGUGAUAGAGAUUUUGUAAGAUAUGUACAGCAGAGGUGUUUUUACAGAUAUACAAUGGGGUAAAAUGUUUUUUAUUCCAGUAUAUGAACAUUCACCAUUCUAAUUUCCCCUAGAAUCAGAGACUUUUCCCCUACUAGAAUCAUAGAGAGUUCCCCCUAGAGGUACCCCUAUUAGAAUCAUAGCGAGUUUCCAUAAAGGUACCCCCUAUUAGAAUCACGGAAAGUUCCCUUAGAGGCACAACUUCAGAUUAUAUGAAUAGUCGAAACGAGGGCGAAUAUUCACAAAAGGUAUACUUUUUGGAGUAAUUGUGCUACUAGAAUGAUAUGGACAUUCCAAGAGGUACAGAUUAUAGGAAUAGUCGAAAAGAAGGUUACUAAAGGUAUAAUACUAUAUUGAAUGAAAAGGAUUCCAUUUUUCUUACGAAUUUAUGAAGAAGGCGAUAGGCAAGAGGCAAUUUGAUAGCUACAAAGUAUUUUACCUCGAUUGAGUAUCUACAUAAUUUUGUAAUGCUUUCAAGGAUAUCUAGUUAUGGGUGAGUUAUGAUGUAGUAUAGCAUUGUAUACGUCGAUUUGUUUGAUAAAAAUAGGUUUCCAUUAGAUAUAUUGACAUUACAUUGGUCUGCCUUGUCAUGGUCGCGACCAUCACGGUCAAAUAGAGACCAGACUUAGGUCCCGUCCACAGGAAUCCGAUUCGUUUGUGUCCGAAAACAUUUUGUCAUUUUGUGCGACGAGGCCGUUUUUCACUAGGCGGAAUUUUCCGCGCGGAGCGGAAUUUCUCUUUAUCUUUUCUAAUUUGUGUUUCUCACGAUGACGAAUAUCCGCCAUUUUUGGGUGGCGUCUAAUUCUCGUUAACCAAUGCAGACAAUUAAAACAAUGUGAAAAGCAAUUUUUCAAAAUAAACUAUAACCAUUUACAAAGCAAAAAAAUUAUAAAAAGUCGCUGUUAUGUGGACUCAUCUCGCAGACUUCGGCUGAAAAGCCACCCAAAAAUGGCGGCGUGAGAAAUGCUAAUUAGUUCCACCCGAGAAAUCACAAGACAAAGAAAAAUUCCGCGCGGAAAAUUCCGCCUAGUGGAAAAUGGCCUUUCGGUUGGGCGCAUGAGAAGAGCAACGUUUGACCCGGGCCUAAUCGGAACGUUAAGUCUUAAGAGCGAUUUGCACUACACAACUUUUGCCUAAAACUGUCGCAUGCAAACUGCUUACAACUUGAGUUGUACUGUGUAAAUCAAGCAUGUUAAGGCUGCAUUCCAGUUACGCGUUUUUCAUACGUGCGUACACGCACGUAAAAGUUGAAUUCGCUUAAAAUUGCAUAUAAGUGCAAAUAACCUUAACAAAUAUACAUUAAAUCAUACACAAAACUGAAUGCUGUCCUUUUAUAAAUUUAGUUAUUUCAUAAGUAGGAUGUAAAGCGAAUUCAACUUUUACGUGCGUGUACGCACGUAUGAAAAACGCGUAACUGGAAUGCAGCCUUAACUCACUUAGGCGAGUCGUGUGCUUGAUUUACACAGUACAACUCAGUUAUAAACAGGUUGCAUGCGACAGUGGCAAUCGACCUUUAUGAAAACGGUGCUGGAAAUGGGUGACCUUCGAGAUCCACCCACGGUAAUAACACCAUCCCACGGGCCUGCGUAACAUCGUUUUCGCGGAUACGUGUGAACGGCCGAAAACGUGACGAAUUGGCGUACGCGUGGGUUUAUUUGAAUCCGCAACAAAAUGUUUGCACACGCAAAAGACUACGUGUGGACGAGGCCUUAGCUCUUGAUAUAUAUCUAAUUGUAGAGCUAGGAAUAGGGGCGGCGUUUGUUCUCUGAAAGAGACCGGAAUAUUGGCAUUUCAGAGACCAAUUUUUAUUAGGUUGUAAGGGCUUUUAGGCCCAUUUCUACUCGAGAACAAUUUCCACGGGCAGAAAAUUUUCCCAAAAUGUCAUUGUGUUGAAAAUUUUCAACUUGAAAUUUUUUUUUCCGACGGAAAAUUUGUGUCGGCCGAUCACAUUUUACAAAAUUUUCUUUCUGCGGAAAAUUUUCCUGAGUAGAAAUGGGCGAAACACCCUGGUUUUCCGUUGGACCAAUGAAAUUUACCGUAUGUCGAAGUCGUUAGCCCACACCGGGCUCAAAAGCAGGCUUGCAGGCAAGGGAUAGAAUCUCGGCUGUGUUGGGCGGAAAAUGCGCAAAUACAAAUUGAAUCGUAAAUACUAUAUCGCUCUGAAACUAUGGCAAAGUCAAGACAAGCAUAUUUGGGCUUACUUUAUAACUGUAAAAAUACAUAAAAGUUUAAGGAAUAUUUUUAGUAGAUACAUUCAAUCAUUCAAAGCUAGUAUAGGACAACUCGUGUUAUGACCGAUGCCGCAUUACAUGAACUGUCGACAGAAACUUAUUGAUUUAGUUUACAGUGCCUCUGGCACAGAUUGUCUGUGGUGUAUUUGUAAUUUAUCAUAUUUGAAUUAGAGAAUAAACAUUCUAAAUUUCAUGUGCAUGAGCGUUGUACCAGGGGCGUAGGAAGCACCUGGAGUUUG